AAAAGUGCAGAACCGUCGCACAGUGGGGCCAAUGGAGAUCAUUUCUCGGAUUAAUUAAAAAAAAAUAUAUGAAGAUCCUUCAAAACUAAGUAUACUUGCUUAAAGUACACAAAAUUCUACAUCACCGCAGAUCUUUUGUACGUAAAUUGUGUUUUUGUAAAGUAAUUCUAAAAAUUUGUAAAACUUAACCAUGGAACCAUCAAACUCAGAUCCAAUAAUUUCAAGCAUGCGAAGAUUGCCAAAAAAGAACUUGCAAAAUUUACCAGAAGAGGCUGUCGAUUUAAUUAUAAGUGAUGAGUAUGGAAAUAGCGAUGAUGAUAGUGAAGAUGUUGAUGAUGAUGAUAAUGAUGAUGAUGAUGAUGACGUCGACGAAGACGAUGAUGAUGUUAGUGAAGGUGACAAUUAUUACAAUGAGAGUUUAGAUACAGAUGACAUCGAUAUUAAAUAAGAACUUUUUGGAAUUGCUUCAAUUCUAUAGUCAUAUAUAGUAAACCAUUAUUUUAAUAUUACAGCUGCAUCCAAAUCUUCUUAAAAACUAUUUGUUGUGACUAACUGGAUUUGAAUAAAAUAUAAAAUAAUCAAAAAUUAUAAAAAUAAAGCUCCAGUUAAUUAAUCCGAGAAAUGAUCUCCAUUGGCCCCACUGUGCGUCGACGGCGAAUAUUAUCUUAUAUUGUGUAAUUGGAAGGAGUUCAGCAAGAAUUUAUGACAUGUCACAUGGCACAAAGACUAUUUUAAAGCAAACGAUACUAAGGUGUUAUGUUUCAUUGAUAUCUUAAAUCAUUUCAAUACUACCGACUCCCAAUUCUUCAAAUAAUUACCCAACAUAUCUAAUUACGAAAAAAUUAAUGACGGAUUUUUUUCUCAUCCAAUGUGCUAAUUGGUGGGCUUUAUGAAAAGUACUAUUCGAGCCAUAGGCAUAUAUUUCAUUUCAUUCAUGUAAUUGGGUGAUGGAAAUCUGAAUAUAUAGAAUAUGCCAUCCGAAUAUUAACUUCAACUACGCGCGGGCCCUCCUGUUUCGCUAGCUAACAUGGCUCUAGCGAGCGAAUAAAAGCGUUAAAACCUUAUAAUCUGCAUCAAGCCGAAGGAAUGAUUGAAUCACUCUAAGA